AUGACACGCCCUCACGGCACUACAAUCGCCAUUGCUCCUCCUCCUAUCGGUCUCGCGACCGGGAACACCAUCUUGACGUGCGCCGCCACACUACAACAUCAAGGCCCCUCGACUGGAACCACCGUGCCACCUGCCGGACUAGUAGCUCGGACCACUGCACCGGCCUCUACUGUUGUCGCACCAUCUCAAGGCCCUGUGGCUGGAUCUAGCCACCUUCAUGGAACCACCACUGAGCAUGGUGGAACCUCCUAUCAGGGUGGGCUCACUACCACCACCGACUUUGAUCCAAUCUUGGAGCAACUUUAG